UGUGUGUACACAGAGAUGACCUUGCUCUAUUUUAUUGAUCAGUAAUGAUUGAGAUGCAGAACGCAGUGAAGGUAAUCCCAUCAAUGUUCAUGGAUUUAGACCAUGUGGUGUGUUCAUAUUUAAGUGUUAAAGAAGCCUCUAAAGCCUGUCUAUUGUCUGUCUGCAUGGGAGGAGGCCAUCACAGAGGGAUUACUGAGGGUUACGUAGCGCUUUUGGAUUACGCACCACGAGACAACUCUGCUGCAUAUAGGAAGAGGGCUGGAGGAAAGGAGCAUCUGGACUGAAGCAGCGUCUGGACAAGCAGCUGAUAAGAAGCAACUUUUUGGAGGAUUCCACCCCUGAUGUGAUCGAACAAUUUCCUGCAAGGAGAUAGUAAAUCGGAGUGACCGCCGGUGAUCUGGACAGGAAUCAUGUACUCAAACAACAGGAGAAACAUCUUCAACACAGAAAAGAGCAAGAAGAACAUAAAGAGAAAAACAUGGGCUCACUUUAAGACAAAUCAGGAAGAGGCAGUCAUCCUGACGUCACAAAAGGUGGAAAGCAACAAAAAGCUGGCGGAGGAUGAGGCGGAGAUGUGGCGGACCGCCUUCGGGAAGGCUCUGUAUGACCUGAGCCACUCAGAGCGGGUGCUGGAUGACCUGACAUGCGGUCGGCGGGUGGGGUUUUACGAGCUGAGGGGGGAAAUUGGUUCUGGCAACUUCUCCCAGGUUAGAUUGGGAAUACAUGACCUGACCAAAGAAAGAGUGGCAGUAAAAGUCCUGGAUAAGGAGCGCCUGGGCAAACAGGCUCAGGCUCUUUUCGCCUCGGAAAUCGCCUGCAUGGAGAGGCUGUCCCACCCCAACAUCGUGCGCCUGUACGAGGUGGCAGAAACCCCGCGGCGGGUCUACCUGGUGAUGGAGUACGCCAGCGGAGGGGAGCUGUUCUCUAGGAUCACCAUCAGAGGGCGGCUGUCGGACCUGGAGAGCAAGCUUGUGUUUUCACAGGUUCUGUCAGCAGUCAAGCACAUGCAUGAUAAUAACAUUGUCCACAGGGACCUAAAGGCUGAGAAUGUGUUUUACACCAACACAUACUGCAUUAAAGUUGGGGAUUUUGGCUUUAGCACAUGUUGCUGCCCCAGUGAUGUACUUUACACAUUCUGUGGUUCUCCACCUUACGCAGCCCCUGAGCUUUUCAAAGAGAAAGGCUACGUUGGACAAUAUUCUGAUCUCUGGGCAAUGGGGAUUUUGCUUUAUUUUAUGGUGACUGCCAUGUUGCCAUUUGAAGCUGCCACCACCAACAGGCUGAAGGCUUGUAUCCUGCAGGGCUCCUAUGCCAUUCCUUCCUAUGUGCCCCAAUCCUGCCAGGAAAUUAUUAAGGGCCUCCUGAGGCCAGUUCCCAUGGACCGCCUUACCUUGGCACAAAUCAUGACAAGCAGCUGGAUGAGAGGCAUGGAAUACCCUCAGGCUUACUCGCCUAACAAAUCCACGCCGUCUCACCUGACUGAAGCUGAAUACGUUCUCACCUCGGAUGAACUGAUUGCCAAGGCUGCCCUGGAGGAUCUUGGCAUCACCAGCGUUCAUCUUCUCAACAACAAUCUAGACUUGAGAAGCCCCAUCACGGGGGCCUAUCGGAUUUUGGUGCACCGGAUCCAGAAAAGGAGAUCUGUAGAGGCAAUAGGCGAUACCUGGCCAUGCAGCAGGGAGUCCCAGAACAGACCCAGACAGAGAGCGGGGUCAGAGAAUCUGCUGAAUAAGCGCCACUCUGGAGUCUGUGCAGUAAUGUAGAUUAUUUUCUCAGAAUAGGUUUUAAAAAUAUGCAUGCAUUAUGCCUCCUUUCUGAUAUAUACAGGUAAGCGUGGCUAAAGUCCUGCAAGAGCAUGAAUUACCUUCAAGCUACACUUUUUCACUGAAUUAUUAUGCCUUUUACUAUAAAAGUUGUUUUGCUGUCACCUGAGGUUUCUUAUAGAGCACAGUUAGAGGUGAAUGAGUAUACAGCGGCAAACUCUGUGAACAUAUCUGGCACUAAUUUGUGCGCUAAAAUAACAUCCAGUGCGUCUGCAAUACAAUCUGCUUUUAAACCACCUGAGCAUGGAGAAAUUCCUUCAGGGCUACAAGUGACCCAAAGAUCUCUCCUUUAGUGAGAUUACUGGAACUUAAGACAUAGCCAAACAACAUGGGAGAGUUUUGGUUUCAGAUUAAAUAAAGUGUUAUUCACAAAAAUGAGUGCUCUUUGGCCUGAAGGGUUUGAAAAUGUAAUAUAUUUUGGUUGUAUCUGAUUUAAUGCAAGGUGUUAUUUUCUACAUUAAAAUACUUAAAUUGCACAUACAGUAUUAUUGUUAUAUUUUCUGAUAAUAAAUAAAAUAUCUAGAGAAGUCUAUUAUUUUUAGAACACUAGAUAACAAAUAUGAGCCUCGGCGAAGUUUGACUUUCACCCUGAAUAGAUCUAAGUCAGCAAUUAAAACCAGACUGUAGCACAGUUUGUAUAGGGACUCAGUGGUCCA